AUAGCACAAAAUUGCAGGAUCCAAAAAAGCGCAAGAUUCGACCUUUUAUUUUGGUUUUAAGGAAAACCAUGAUCCUUCUGCUCAGUCGCUACUUUUAAUAAAAGGGUCAUUCGUCUCAGAAAGUGAUCUGCGACAUCGGAGUCUUGAUUAUCUGACGGAACGAUGGAAUCAGCGGCGGUGUCAGUCCUUACACGUGCGGUGGAGAUGGAUACAAAGGAACAAUUCACAAUGGCAUUGGUAUUGUAUCAAGAAGGCGUACAGAUACUCCUCGACGCUGUAAAAGAGACAAAGGAAGCCUAUAAGGUGGAGUAUCUCACGAUCAAGGCCAAGGAGUAUUUGGACAGAGCCGAAAAGGUGAAAAAACUAAUUACUGCGAGGAAAUCGGCCGGUAUAUACAGGGAAUUAAUUAAGAUUGAAAAUGGAUCCACGGGGCACGGCUACGCGAGUGUUUUUAGCAGAUUCUUGAAUGGUACUGUUACAUAUAUCAACAUCGAGGAUCCAUAUAUACGAACCUUUCACCAGUGUCAAAAUCUAGUUAGACUAUGUGAACUAGCUGUUCAAAAAUGCUGCGCAUUGACCAGAAUAUCCCUGCUUACAACUUACGAAUCGGAGGAAUCUAAUCAAAUUAAUCAAAUUACUAGAUUAGCUGAAUUAAAGGAAAGUUUAGCAUCUCACAAGAUCUCCUUUGAUUUCUCUUUUUCUGAAACGUUGCAUGACAGACAAAUUACAUUAAGUAAUGGAUGGGUGGUAAAAAUCGGGCGUGGAUUAGAUUAUUUUAAAGCACCAGAGGGCAAAUUCGUUCUUGGUUCAUGUGAUCUAGAAUUAAGACCAUGCUUGGAGACUACCAUAGACAUUUUUCACAAGACUCAACUUCAAAAUGAGACAAGAUAGUAGAGCAUAACAUCGAUUGACAAUAAAAAUAUGGUUAAUAUUUUUUA